AUGCGCGCAGCCCCCCCCCUCCGCCGUCUCUGCCGCAUCUGCCCAUCGUGCCGCCGAGCGUCUUCCCUCGCGCGACCAGCCGCAACCGCCGGCCCGGCUCGCCCCUUCCCCGUCUGGCAGAUCCCCCCUCAGCCGUCCUCCUUACCCCCCAACACCCGACGGCUAGCCACCCGAAAUGCCGCCACGGGGCAUUACCCAUCGCCACCCGAGCCAGCCGCGCAAGCCGCGCAAGCCGAAACGCUCUACUCCUUCUUCCCGGAGACGCUGCCCCUGGGCCCCCCGCCGUCCGGCCACUUCCCCGUGGACACGCGGCGGCUGCGGAGCGAGUUCCUCCGCCUGCAGGCCAAGUACCAUCCCGACAAGCACCCCCAGCACGCCAAGCAGCAGGCCGAAGCCAUGUCGGCCGCCAUCAACGAGGCGUACAAGACGCUGUCCAACCCUCUCCUCCGAGCGCAGUAUCUCUUGCAGCUGCAAGGGGUGGAUGUGGCCAAUGACGAGACCCUCAAGAUGGAAGAGCCGGAACUGCUGACAAAGGUGUUGGAGGCCCACGAGGCUAUCGAGGAUGCCAGCUGCCCAGAGGACCUAGGGGCCUUGAAGGAAAGCAACGAGGCAAGCAUUGCCGCAAGCGAAAAGGUUCUGGAGCGCGCUUUCCACGAGCACGACGUCGAGAAGGCCAAGAGGGAGGCUGUCAGGUUAAGAUACUGGGUGAACAUCAGGCUGGCUCUGCAUGACCAGCAUUGA